AUGAGAACACAUUUGAAAGCUAAAUGCUUGUGGACUAUUGUUUUAAAUGGCUUUGAAGAGAGAAACAACGAUGGUGAAUUUACUGCGGCAGAGAUGAAAAAUCUUGAGGCUAAGUAUUGUCAAGAUACAAAGAUGAAAAAUCUUGAGGCUAAGUAUCGUCAAGAUGCAAACUCCUUGAGAAAAAUCCAAAUGGGAGUCUUAAGAGCAUAUUUUGCAAAAAUUGCUAAUUUUGAGACUGCAAAGCAAGCACGGGAGUCUCUCGAAAUCGAAUUGUAUGGUGAAGAAAUGACACGCACUAUAAAUCUUCAAAUUCUUAGAAGAGAGUUUCAAAACAUUAAGAUGAUUGAAAUUGAAAAAAGAGAUAAAUAUUACACAAGAAUCGUGCAUAUUGUUAAUGAAAUGAGAAAUCAUGGUUAUAUAAUUUCUUACAAACAAGUUGUGGAAAAGAUUCAAACUACUGUCAAUGAAACAUAUGAGUACAUUGUUGCUAUCAUAGAGGAGAUGAAAGAUCUUUUUAAGUAUUCUAUGAAAGAACUAGUCGGAUCAUUUCAUGCAUGUAAGAAACAAAGGUAUUUUUUCAUGAAGAUCAACCUAAAGAAACUACUUUCCCGUCCAGAAAAAAAUGAGAAUUCCAAAAAUUUCUCAAAAAAUCAACUAAAGAAGAAUUAUAAUCCAAAAAGAAAGCAAGAUCAUGAUGAUUCUUUUAAGAAGGUUGAAGAAAAAGAUGUGUCAAAUCAAGAAGAUAACAAGGAAGAAGAAGAUGUCACUCUAUGA